UCUGUCACCACAGUAUAUAUGAAGCUCGAGCCCAGGUAAGAUGCCACUCAGAUUCCUAUAGACUAAACAAAUCACCACACACAUUUACAAUGAAUACCACGACACCUAUCGAAGAGGGCUUUCCUCAGUUUGCGCGGUUUCCUGCUGAAAUCCGUAUCAUGGUCUGGGAGUACUGCGUGUCCAAAACAGUUUUGGCAACGAAUAGAGAGGUAUGCAGCAAUUUGAUGCCGGAAAAGAGUCAAAACGAAGUUUGGUCCCCGGGCCAUCCAAAAACUACAAAGCCUGCUCUCCUUUCAAUCAAUACGGAAGCGCGAGAUGUUGCCUUGCGGUAUGGGCGAAAGGUUCGUCUUGUGGGGGCCGGGACAACAUGGGAGGAAUGGAUACAGCCGAAUCUUGAUACUGUUCAUCUGGCCUGGAGGAAACCUUGCAUUAGCCGCGGCCUACACUGGAGCGAUACAAUGUGUCCCGAACUUCAUUCCCUUUUGGCGGAGGCUGUAGUAAAGCGCAUGCGUAUUUCCGUGCCUGCCGAGCGACUUUGUCCAUUCCCCGCAGGCUACGACACGAAGAUAGAGCUUAAUCCACGGAUAAUUACGGACACACGCGGCAUGUUGGCGGUUAGGGCAGAAGACUAUACCUACGACUUGAGUCGGUGGAUUCCAGACAACCAAGUAAUUGCGGCUGUCUUUAAGGUUGUGCACAUCCACGCCCAUCGCCCGGAAAUACUCCAAAGCGGCUUAUUUGGCUUCCUUGGUGAUGCACCGGUGCAACUGGUUCCGUACAACGACAGGGAAGCGCUGCUUAAGUACCAGUCUCUAUUGGAUGUGUGCGGGUUGCGGAGAAGAGACUACAGGGCUGAAUAUGAGUUUGAGUAUCUUCUGAGCUCGCAGUUUCAAUACGAUGUGGAAUACUGGACGAGCUGCGCAAGAUGGCUGCUCUUCGCACAGAGAUGGCGGCACGAACGUCGAGUUGCCGAAUCCCCGGAAACGCUGGAUACUGUUUGGCUGCCUAGGACAACCGGGGCUCCCAACGACGACUCGAAACGUAUGCAGCAUGAUAGGUUUGAUGAAGACCAUCCGUGGGCGAUAGAUACAAGGCAAAAGUUACCCAAGCUGGAGCUUAAUAUCAUGUUCAAGUGGUGUGAGAGCGAUUGCAUGUCUCUUGGGCCUCGGGUCCGGGGUGUCUUCAACUAUUUUGUCCAUAAUGGUCAUCGAGUGGACUGGAACUAGCCAGACAGUGUUUUAACCUGAUAAUACUACACGCGGGUAUUUCUUUUCUCCAUAAUGGGAUAAUAAAUCACAGUUACGUAGAGCCGGGUACAUUAUAUCAUUGUUGUUGCUCGUGGGAUCGUGUUCAAUUGCAUGUGUUCGACACUGACCGGCCUUGCGUGUAAGGUGUAAUUUUGCGUGGCAUUGGUUCGACUGGGAGCAGUGUCCGGGCAUACUAAUACAGCUACAUUAUGUAGAGUAACGGUGUCUGAUCAACUUACCACUUGUCCAGCUGCCCUCGGUUCUGGCCUGUCUUAUCCAAGCCACUGACGUGCGCAAGGAUGAGCGGGAGAGCCCGGGUAGAUCUCGCCGACACAUGCCAAAUAAUUUACCCCAGGAAAACGAGCGAGUGCAAGGCCAUGCUAGGGAUGCACAUGCAAGGUCUCAGAGAGCAAGGGCCACAACGCACGUCUGGGGAAAAAUAGCGAGCAGAGGCGAGACAAGGGGGGGCCGGUGGCCGGUGCGCGGUGGCCAUCGGAGAUGUAAGUGUGCAAUGGCGUGCGGCAAAUGACGGGACAGACGGGAGCUAAAAGCGAAACCUAAGUCAAAAGCCAAAAGAUAAGAAAACGAGAGAAGCGUAUGCGUGCUGCAGUUUUUGUUAGGGUUCAUCUCGGAUAAACAACUGUUAGGUAGUGGCCGCGCGUGACUGUGAAAUUCUAUUAGGGAAGAGCGACGUUUUGAACGGGAUUCCUUGCUGAUGGCAUCUCGGAUCAUCUUUUUUUCUCUCAUCAUACGGCUUUUCUUUGCGUGGUGGGCGGGUUUCUUUAGUAAGAAUAUUACUCUCUACUUGCGUGCUUCUUGGCUGCGGAGUGAAGCGUGAGAUGGGGAAGCUCCAGGCGGAGAGCAGAUGCUGCGCCGUGAUUGGUCGGCGACAGCAGAGAUAAGAGAGUGGUAGUAAGGCAGCCCCAGACAAGGCGCGGAUGCCCUGGAAUUUUGGGCAUCACUUUGCAGAUUGUCUUAUCCUGAGAGGCGCUGGAACCACCACGAAACUAGCAGCUGGUGGUGCUCCGGUUCUGCCCGGACGACAUGACGGACGUGCAUUGCGUGAAAUAAUAACAGAAGCUGGG